GCUCCUUCUCUUUGCGGUGCUAUUGGAGUUGGAAAUACAAUCGAAACACAUCCUGGGGAUCAUGUUGCUGCUUUAGUUCCUGAGCCCGAUAUGUCAUCUGACUCAAGCAGUUUUUCAGAAAGUUGGAUACUAGCCGAAGUUGUUUCAUAUAACCGAGAUAAAAAAGCGUUUCAAGUCGAAGAUGUGGACGCUGAGGAAGGCAAAGUGUAG